AUGGCGGAGCACUCGGGCCCCGACAACAAGCACAAACCCGCCGCCAACUCUGUGGCGCUGCUCAACAGCCGCACUGGGGCAGGCGGCGGUAGCGCGGCGCCGGCAGCUGCCGGCGGCCCCCCGGCGGGCGGAGGCGGCCUGUCGGGGGGCCUGUCGCAGCCAGCGGGCUGGCAGUCGCUCCUCUCCUUCACCAUCCUUUUCCUGGCCUGGCUGGCCGGCUUCAGCUCCCGGCUCUUUGCCGUCAUCCGCUUCGAAAGCAUCAUCCACGAGUUCGACCCCUGGUUUAACUAUAGAUCAACACAUCAUCUUGCAUCACAUGGGUUUUACGAAUUUUUAAAUUGGUUUGAUGAAAGAGCAUGGUAUCCAUUGGGAAGAAUAGUAGGUGGAACAGUAUAUCCAGGACUGAUGGUGACAGCAGGCCUUAUACAUUGGAUUUUAAACAUGCUUAAUGUGACAGUCCAUAUAAGAGAUGUAUGUGUGUUCUUAGCACCAAUUUUUAGCGGCCUUACAGCUAUUUCUACGUUCCUGCUCACCAGAGAACUGUGGAACCAGGGAGCAGGGCUUUUAGCUGCCUGUUUUAUUGCCAUAGUUCCAGGUUACAUAUCCCGAUCAGUAGCAGGAUCAUUUGAUAAUGAAGGCAUAGCUAUUUUUGCACUGCAGUUCACAUACUAUUUAUGGGUGAAGUCUGUGAAAACUGGGUCAGUUUUUUGGACAAUCUGCUGCUGUCUAUCCUACUUUUACAUGGUCUCUGCAUGGGGUGGUUAUGUUUUCAUCAUCAACCUUAUUCCACUGCAUGUGUUUGUUCUGUUACUGAUGCAGAGAUACAGCAGGAGGGUCUACAUUGCAUAUAGCACUUUCUAUAUUGUGGGUUUAAUAUUAUCGAUGCAGAUACCUUUUGUGGGAUUUCAGCCAAUUAGAACAAGUGAACACAUGGCAGCUGCAGGUGUCUUUGCACUGUUGCAGGCAUAUGCAUUUUUGCAGUAUCUGAGAGACAGAUUAACAAAGCAAGAAUUUCAGACAUUGUUCUUCUUGGGUGUCUCACUAGCUGCUGGUAUUGUAUUCCUGAGUGUCAUCUAUUUGACAUACACAGGUUAUAUUGCUCCUUGGAGUGGCAGAUUUUAUUCAUUGUGGGACACUGGGUAUGCGAAAAUUCACAUCCCGAUCAUUGCCUCUGUGUCUGAGCAUCAGCCUACAACAUGGGUUUCCUUCUUUUUUGAUCUGCAUAUUCUCGUGUGUACUUUCCCAGCAGGGCUGUGGUUCUGUAUCAAAAACAUCAAUGAUGAAAGAGUCUUUGUUGCUCUGUAUGCCAUCAGUGCCGUGUACUUUGCUGGUGUGAUGGUUCGGCUGAUGCUCACUUUGACUCCAGUGGUCUGUAUGCUGUCUGCAAUUGCUUUCUCCAAUGUCUUUGAGCGUUACUUGGGUGAUGAUAUGAAGAGGGAAAACCCACCAGUAGAGGACAGCAGUGAUGAGGAUGACAAAAGAAACCCUGGCAACCUGUAUGAUAAGGCAGGCAAAGUGAGAAAACAUGUAUCUGAACAGGAAAAAACAGAGGAAGGGCUGGGUCCCAAUAUCAAAAACAUUGUUACUAUGCUGAUGCUGAUGUUGUUGAUGAUGUUUGCUGUUCACUGUACCUGGGUAACUAGCAAUGCAUACUCCAGCCCCAGCGUUGUUCUUGCUUCCUAUAACCAUGAUGGCACUAGGAAUAUCCUAGAUGACUUCAGAGAAGCAUACUACUGGCUGAGGCAAAACACAGAUGAGCAUGCCAGAGUGAUGUCGUGGUGGGACUAUGGUUAUCAGAUAGCAGGAAUGGCCAACCGGACAACCUUGGUUGAUAACAACACCUGGAACAACAGCCAUAUAGCACUGGUGGGAAAGGCAAUGUCAUCAAACGAGUCAGCAGCAUAUGAGAUCAUGAGAAGCCUGGAUGUGGAUUACGUUUUGAUUAUUUUUGGUGGUGUGAUUGGCUACUCUGGUGAUGAUAUUAAUAAAUUCUUAUGGAUGGUGAGAAUAGCAGAGGGGGAACAUCCCAAAGACAUUAGGGAAAGUGAUUACUUUACUCCUCAGGGAGAAUUCCGGGUAGACAAGGCAGGUUCUCCAACUUUGCUGAACUGCCUCAUGUAUAAAAUGUCUUAUUACAGAUUUGGAGAGAUGCAGCUGGAUUUUCGGACACCCCCGGGAUUCGAUCGUACGCGCAAUGCUGAGAUAGGCAACAAAGACAUUAAAUUUAAACAUCUGGAGGAAGCCUUUACCUCAGAGCACUGGCUUGUUAGAAUAUACAAGGUGAAACAACUAGACAACAGAGAGACAUUGGAUCACAAACCUAGAGUAACCAACAUUGUACCGAAACAGAAGUAUUUGUCAAAGAAGACCUCCAAAAGGAAGCGUGGCUACAUUAAGAAUAAACUAAUUUUAAAGAAAGGCAAGAGACCCAACAGGAAGACAGUUUAAAUACACUGUUCUGAUUGCUAAUACGAAGCAGUUGUCCUUGAGAUAACCAGUCUUUGCCUUUAGCUCAAGUCAUGUUUCACAGCAACAUGAGGGUACAGAACCAACAUUGGUCCAGAUUAUUGUACAAAUUUUUUCAGGCAAUGUCUGAUUAAAAAUAUUGGCUUAUUGAGAACAGCUGUUUUAGAUUUGUAAUGUGAAGCAAGACAGAGCUGCUAUCCAAGUCUAGCAGCAUUUUUUCUAUUGGUACAUAUUAUCCUUCAAAUCUGUUGAGAAUUUGGACUGACUGCACCAAAGAACCCUGUAAUUUGGUCCUUGGCACAUGCAUACUUGUCAAUCUUCUUUUGGAAAACACUCUUCAGCUGAAUAGCAGCAGUGUGUAAACUGGAAUG